GUCUUAAAAUCGCUACAUUUGCCAAAAAACAACAGUCUUUAUGUCCUUACACCAGAUUUGCCACCACCUUCAUCAUCUAGUCAUACUGGUGCCCUGCAGGAAUCAUUAAAUCAAAACUUCAUGCUGAUCAUCACCCACCGAGAAGUCCAGCGGGAGUACAACCUGAACUUCUCAGGAAGCAGUACCAUUCAAGAGGUAAAGAGAAAUGUGUAUGACCUUACGAGUAUUCCUGUUCGCCAUCAAUUAUGGGAGGGCUGGCCAACUUCUGCCACAGAUGACUCGAUGUGUCUUGCUGAAUCAGGGCUAUCCUAUCCCUGUCAUCGACUUACAGUGGGCAGAAGAUCUUCACCUGCACAGACCCAAGAGCAGUCCGAAGAGCAAAGCACCGAUGUUCAUAUGGUUAGUGAUAGUGAUGGAGAUGACUUUGAAGAUGCUUCUGAAUUUGGGGUGGAUGAUGGAGAAGUAUUCGGCAUGGCAUCAUCUGCCCUGAGAAAAUCUCCAAUGAUGCCAGAAAACGCAGAAAAUGAAGGAGAUGCCUUAUUACAAUUUACAGCAGAGUUUUCUUCAAGAUAUGGUGACUGUCAUCCUGUAUUUUUUAUUGGCUCAUUAGAAGCUGCUUUUCAAGAGGCCUUCUAUGUGAAAGCCCGAGAUAGAAAGCUUCUUGCUAUCUACCUCCACCAUGAUGAAAGUGUAUUAACCAACGUGUUCUGCUCACAAAUGCUUUGUGCUGAAUCUAUUGUCUCUUAUCUGAGUCAAAAUUUUAUAACCUGGGCUUGGGAUCUGACAAAGGACGCCAACAGAGCAAGAUUUCUGACAAUGUGCAAUAGACAUUUUGGCAGUGUUGUUGCACAAACCAUUCGGACUCAAAAAACAGAUCAGUUUCCACUUUUUCUGAUUAUUAUGGGAAAGCGAUCAUCUAAUGAAGUGUUAAAUGUGAUACAAGGUAACACAACAGUGGAUGAGUUAAUGAUGAGACUCAUGGCUGCAAUGGAGAUCUUCACUGCCCAACAACAGGAAGAUAUAAAGGAUGAGGACGAACGUGAAGCCAGAGAAAAUGUGAAGAGAGAGCAAGAUGAGGCCUAUCGCCUUUCACUUGAGGCUGACAGAGCAAAGAGGGAAGCUCAUGAGAGGGAGAUGGCAGAACAGUUUCGUUUGGAGCAGAUUCGCAAAGAACAAGAAGAGGAACGUGAGGCCAUCCGGCUCUCCUUAGAGCAGGCCCUGCCUCCAGAGCCAAAGGAAGAAAAUGCUGAACCUGUGAGCAAACUGCGGAUCCGGACCCCCAGUGGAGAGUUCCUUGAGCGGCGGUUCCUGGCCAGCAAUAAGCUCCAGAUUGUCUUUGAUUUUGUAGCUUCCAAAGGAUAUCCAUGGGAUGAGUUCAAGUUGCUGAGUACCUUUCCUAGAAGAGACGUAACCCAGCUCGACCCAAAUAAAUCGUUAUUGGAGGUAAAGUUGUUCCCUCAAGAAACCCUUUUCCUUGAAGCAAAAGAGUAAACGUGGCCCAGCAGUGGAACCAGCCAUUCCUUGACAAGUCAGAGGCCGGCGUCAAGAGAAGGGCUCCUUGCCAACCCACCUACACGCUCGUCUCACUCAACUCAAUGUCACACUUCUGCCUCUUGCAAGAUUGCUGGAAAAAAGUAAUAAUAAACAUAGCUACUUAAAAUUUCCCAUCCACGAGUAUAUGUUCCCAACCCUCAUAGAGAAUUACAACUCUGCAGCUCUCCUUUAUCCCCUCCACCUCACCCUUGUUCAAUGACUAAUGCACUGUUCAAGUGUGAGUGUCCACGAAGUAGAAUUUUUACCUCUCCAGUGCCCUUCGUUUCCCCACACUGUCUAGGACAGUUCUGUCUGCCCUGUGACACCAGGAUGCUAUGUAUUUGAUAUGUCUCAUUGAGCCAGGGCUCAUGCACCUCUGCCUUUUUAUUUUCAUGACUGGAUUUCUACUUUGUCACCUAAUUUUAAAAGGCAUGGGGGAAAAAGUCAAAUGGGACUUCUCAGCAUGGAGAUUAAACAUUGUUGUAGGAAAAAAAA